UAAUGCGUGCGUGUACAUGAGCCAAUCAAAUGACGGCAUGACAUGUUAACUUUUCGGUAUCAUAUUUGUGCCCUGAAUAGAAAUGGAAUUGCAAAAUUCGAUAUAGUGCACAUUUAAAGAACUUAUCAGUCGCUCAUCUUAAAAAGUGCUCUUCUGUGACGACGAAAAGAAAGCUAAAAUUAAGAACACUUAGAUCAAGGACACGCGUAAAAUCUGAGAACACACUCAAAUGUUUUUGUUGGAUUUCGGACCCGUCAUUUGACUCGACUCUCGAGUUACGAAAGAAUUUAAGAGAUUUAAAGGAAGACAUAUUGACACAGAUGUUCUAACUAUUAUCUCCGAGACAUCAACCAAUGGGAUUUCAGCUUCACUGACCAAAUAGGAGCUUUUGGAGUGUCAAACAAUACUUAUCAAGAUGAGCCUGUACAGCAUGUUUGAUGAGCAGACGUGGUCGUACGUCGUGUUCUUUCUUGGAGUUAUUGCCCUUGUCCUGUACGCCAUGUCCACUUUCUUCAUCAUCAUCUCACAGAUAGGGGGACGCUUCGUACUAUUCAAGAAGGAAGAUUCAGCGCUGAUUCUGUCUGACAAUGUUCCUGGGGUCUCAAUAAUCAAACCUCUGAUGGGAAUCGACCCACUGUUGGAAAUCAACCUAGAAAGCCAUUUCACCAUUAAUUAUCCAAAGUAUGAGCUGCUGUGCUGUGUCCAGGAUGACCAGGAUGCUGCCAUCAACCUUGUCAACAAGAUGAUGGAACGAUACCCAAAAGUGGACUGUAAACUGUUUAUAGGUGGUAAGGAUGGAAUUAUCAACCCAAUGGUACACAACAUGGCGCCAGCAUACGACAAAGCUCAGUACGAAUAUGUGUGGAUUAGCACCAGCAGAAUUAAAGGAAGUACAGACAUCAUAGUGGACAUGGUGUGUAAACUGCAGAAACCCAAUGUAGCUCUGUGCCAUCAGAUGCCUUUUACAACAGAUCAAAAAGGAUUCGCUCAAUCUUUAGAAAAGACAUAUUUUGGCGGUGCGUUUGCGCGCUACUACCUGGCUUUCAACAUAUUAGGGUUGUGUUGCUGCACAGGCAUGUCGUACAUGUUCAAGAAGUCGCUCUUGGACGAUCUGAACGGCCUCAACUGGUAUGGCAAAUACCUCGCAGAAGAUUUCUACCUGACCCAUGCGCUCCAUGAAAAGGGUCAUCGUCUUGUGCUGUCUGCGUACCCAGCUCAACAGAACCUUGCUUCCACUGCUGUGUCAGGCUACAAGGACCGAAUGGUCAGGUGGCUACGACUGCGUCUCAACAUGAUGCCGUUAGUGAGCGGAUUUCUUGAGCCUAUGACAGAGUGCAUUCCCCUGGGCCUGUUUGCUGCCUGGUCUCUCCACCACUUCCUGGGAAUCAAUCCCUACAUCUUCUUUGGGGGUCAUGUCGUGUCAUGGCUCCUGUCGGACUAUAUUCUCCUGAGGCUAUGCCAGAAUGGGGAGUUGCAGUUCUCCAAGUUACAAUACUCAGUUGCGUGGAUUCUUCGGGAAAUUUUAGCCGUGGUUGUGUUCUUUGAGGCUCUCCUGUCCCCUAGGACAAUUAAGUGGGGAAAGCGAACCUACAAACUGUCCUUGGGCGGUCAUACAGAAAUCUUAACCGAUAAAGGGAAAGUGAAAUUGUAGCACCAAAUAAAUCAAUUAGCCAUUUUUACAUACUUAUUCAUUCAUUACAGCAACUUAAAGCGACCUUGCAAUUAUGUCAGUAUAUUUACAUAUCUCUAUUUCUGCUGCACAAAUAUUUUGCAUACUGGUAAAAAUAUUUUUAUAUAUUUUUUUAUGUAUUUGUUAAUUUAUAUCAUUAUGAUGAAUUUAAUUGACUACUUAAAAAAGACUUACAUAAGGAAUCUUGAUUUUCUCAAAGGCACAAAUUGAUUGAAGAGCUAAAAUUUUUAAGUAGGGUUGAAAUAACAUUAGUAAUUAUUGUCUCUUUGUCUUACAAAACAUAAACUUGAAGUCUUUUAUUGUAUUGAAAACAAUAAUUAUCAUGUUAUUAUUUAUCAUGUUAUUAUGUUGGAAAGAAAUUAAGGUAAUUACUGUAACCUUUUUGAAUGUGGAAAAUAUUUAGAAUGUUGUGUAAAUGUUGUAAGUGUGUCAUUAUUUACAAAUUCGGCUUGAGUAAUGUGGUCAUUGCAUUACAAAUAUCUUACUGUGUAAGAAACAUCACUGCUUGAAAACAUUCCUAAAGUAACUGUUGAGUUGUUAUUAAUAUUGUUGUGAAAUUAUUGUAUAUAGUAUAUGGAAAUGUAUUGUUCUACGCUGGUUAUUGUAUUUGCAUGGGUACAAAUGUAAGAUGUCUGGGAAAUUCACAUUGCCGAAUAAUUAUGAUAAAUAUUGAAUUCCAAAUCACAGAAAUUCAUUGAAUAUUUUUGUAGUAGUUUUAAGUAGACGUAAAUAGAUAUUAACAAUGUUAACUGUAUAUUGUUUUGUUAUGGAAAUUGAGAAAAAGCGGUUUUAAGUAUGUGUUCAAACAUUUUGAUGAAUCUUUUAAAAUUGAAAAUAAAAAUGGAAGUAUUUCCAUCUUGAUAAGCCCGUUUGGUAAUUAUUUGGAAAUUAACACAACAUGUUUCUGGGAGAAGUUAUAGCCAGUCAGGUAUUCUUUUAUUCUAGUUUUACUGUCAUCAACAUGGUUUUGUAAACAAAGUAUCAUAUUGCUCUCUGUAGAAGUGAUUCCUUUUCUUUCAUAUUUCCAAAGCUUUCUUUGUUGAACAUUUUAAACAUCUAUUUUGCUUAUGGCCAUGGAUGAAAACAGGACUUAAUGCAUGUGGGUAAAGUGUCAUCCCAGUUAAGGCAGAAAGUGUCGUCUUUGAUUAGCCUGUGCGGACUGCACAGGCUUAUCAGGGACGACACUUUCCACCUUAACUGGAUUUUUGCGUAGAAGAGACUUCCUUUAAAGGAAAAAUACCAUAAAAGCGGAAACUGUCGUCCAUGAUUAGCACAGGCUGACUGCACAGGCUGACUGCACAGGCUAAUCUGGGAUGACACUUUAUGCACAUGUAUUAAGCCCAGUUUUCUCAGAACGGGGCUGAUAUGCACAUACAAGUACAUUCAUGCUAAUUAUAAGAUGCUUUGAAUCUCGUUUUCAUGAUAUUUUAAGUUAUUGUAUAUGUGAGUGCCUGCACAGUAAGGCUGUAACAAGUGUUUGGUUUCAAUUCACAACUUAGAGAUGGCAUGAACAAUAAUGGUUGGUUGGGUCAGUGGAAGCAAACAGCUUGUCAUUUGAAGCUUUAUCUGGUUUUAAGGGUAAUUAUUAUGACAAGCAAAUAUGCCAUAUCAUACAGUUGUCUCAAAAAGUUUGCCUAUUGGAAGUAUUUUUUGGUGAUUAAAAGAAAGAAACAUUAGCUUAAAUUAAACAUGUUGACCUUUGAACAGGUUUGACUGAAGUCAUCUGUAUGCUUAAGUUUAUCUUUAAAAUCUACUUAAGUUAACUUGUCAAUUUUUCAUAGUUGAAAAACUACAGUUUCAGGUCAAUUUGGCAUUUUCUUUAAAGAUAAUGUGUUUUGAAUACAAAAUAAUCUUAAUUUUACAUGGGCAUUCAGCUUUGCCGGGACACAAACUCUUGAACUAUGUAUAUAAGCAAAAAUAAGCCAGCGCAGGUUGGUCUAUAGCUACACUGGCCCCAAAAGGCAUAAGAUCCAUUUUUGCAGGAUGCAGCUUUUAGUGUGGAGCAUACAAUUUACUUGCAUAUAUCAGAGCAUAAAAUGUAUACUUAUUGUAAUAUUUGUAUGUUAUUUAAAAGAUUUGGUUGUACUGUAUUUAUUAAAUGUGUUUAAAUGUAGAUUAUAUAUUUUAUAGGUUGAUUGACAGUUAAAUAUUAUUAACAGUACACAAAUCAGUUCUGCAUGUGAAUGUAUCGUGUUAAACAAAGAAUUUAAUAUAUUCUGGAAAGAAGUGCAAUGUUUGGUAUCAUUGUUUAUGUAUUUACUAGAUGUUCUAUGUGUUUGCAAUUUUAACUUAUCAAAUUGGAAUUAAUUGCAUUACAAUUUGAAACAUCAUACUGGUCCAAUAGGUUGUAAAUAUAAACUCUUUUUAUAAAACAUAUUUCCAUAUAUAUUUCAAAGUUCUAUUUUUAUAUCAGCAUUACAAAUUUCGUAAACAUUCCAGAAGAGGGAUCAAAAGUGUUUAAUUAAUGAGGUUGUAUGGUUGUAUAUUUUUUGUCUGGUCAUCAUUUGCCAAGAAAUUGAAGAUAUUUUCUGAUUUAUUGUAAGAGCAAUGUUUUUGAGCGGACAGUGAAACAUAGAGAAAUUAAUUUUGCUGUAAGAUUAAGACAAAUUUCACAAUACAAUGCUAGUUAUAUGGUUGCGCUAUACAUGGCAUGAUAAAAAUAGUGAUCAUACACAUUUGUGCUUAAAUAACAAUCUGAUAGGGCUAACAUGAAGUUUAGUUUGUAUAACUUAAAACUUGUAUCUCAUCAGACAUACACUGUAUAUAAGUUUUUUCUUUUACAAUAUUACGCUGUAUAAUAAUAUGUAUGAAACAUGUGCCUAAUGCUGUUGUUUUGUAUUUUUUAAUGCACCCGGUAGGGUGGCAUAUAGCAGUUGAACUGUCCGUCAGUAUGUCAGUCUGUCCGUCCGUCUAAAACUUUAAUGGUCAUAACUUUUUCAAUAUUUAACAUAGCAACUUGAUAUUUGGCAUGCAUGUGCAUCUCAUGUAGCUGCACAUUUUGAGUGGUGAAAGGUGAAGGUCAAGGUUAUCCUUCAAGGUCAAAUUUCUAAUAUAAGGCAUCUGUCCGGCCGCCGGAAACUUUAACAUUGGCCAUAACGUUUUCGCUAUUGAAGAUAGCAACUUGAUAUUUGGCAUGCAUGUGUAUCUCCUGGAGCUGAACAUUUUGAGUGGUGAAAGGUGAAGGUCAAGGUCAUCCUUCAAGAUAAAAUGUCAAAUAUUCCGUUCGUCCGUUAACAUUGGCCAUAACUUGUUUAAUAUUUAACACAGCAACUUCAUAUUUGGCAUCCAUGUGUAUCUCGUAGAGCUGCACAUUUUGAGUGGUGAAAGGUCAAGGUCAUUCUUCAAGGUCAAAGAUCAAAAUAAAAAAAAAAAUCAUUUCUCCAUUCAAUCUCUUAAUUACUUUUCGUGGAGCUGCACAUUUUUAGUGGUGAAUUGUCAAGGUCAAAAGUAAAAAAAAUACAAUCCAAAGGAAGUAAUAAGCUUUAAAAGGGAGAUAAUUUCUAAACCUGCCAAAUGAUAUAUUGAAAUUUUAUUUCAAAGCGACGCAAUAGGGUGCAUUGUGUUUCUGACAAACACAUCUCUUGUAUAUUUGUAUUUUCAAAGAACACUUUUGGUAGCAAAAUCGUGAGACGGGUGAAACUUUUUGUCCAUCUGAAUUGUAUUUUGGUGCCUUGAGUACAGAAAACAUGUUAUUAGUAUGCAUUUAAGAUGUGACAUUUUUCCCUGACAAUCAAUAACAAAUGAGCUUUACAAGCAGGGUACAACAGAGCUAAAUUCAGGAUUAAAUGUUGAAACACGUUUAUUUUGACCACUUUUCCAGUGGCUCUUUUUGAGCGAGCACUUUCUGGUUUCCGGUUUACACUUUCUGCCCACACUGGAUUUCAUUGAGCCUUUCAGUGCUGGAACCGAAUUUUGAAGGCCUUUGCAAACAGUUUGGAUCCAGAUGAGACGCCACGAAACGUGGCGUCUCAUCAGGAUCCAAACUGUUUUCUAUUCUGAUAGUAUCCUUUGAAAAAAAUCGAAGAAAAUGCUAAUUUUAGAAAUUCAGCAGACAACAUUUUAGCAGACGACAAAUUUCCCAGCAUGCAAAGGGUUAAGAUGAGACUUCCUUAAAAUAUAAAAUUCCAUUGGAGCACAAAGUAACACCCCAGAUUAGCAGGUAAAUAUUUAACAAUAAGGUGAUUCUUCAACUAUUAAAGGGGCCUUUUCACGGAUGUUGGCAUGUUUUGAAGUUUGUUAUUAAAUGCUUUAUAUUGAUAAAUGUAAACAUUGGAUCUAAAAAGCUCCAGUAAAAAAUUAAGAAUAAAAUUUAAAAAGGAAAAAAAAGAAGACCGCAUCAGGGCUCAAACCAGUGACCCCCGGAGUCCUGGAGUAAAAACCAAUUAGACCGCUCGGUCAUCCUGCCAAGUAUGUAUGAAAGACGUAUUUUAUACUUUAUAUGUGCAAUCUUCGAGUUUCACAAAAUUAAACGGCAACAACAGAACUCUUCAAAUUAUUCAAUCGUUUCGCGUUGCAACGCUUUUUAAUUUUCCGGUUUUUAAAUUGUCAAAAGAUGCAUAUAAUGGCUAUAUAAGACCAUGGUAAAUGUUCAGUAUUACUGUUUUCUCACAAAUAUCAUAACUAAAACGAAAAUUUGCGAAUCUGAUACGUGGGCACAGUCCAUGACUGACUGGUUGCAAAAGGUCUGUUCCAUUAAUAAUUUCAUAUUCAACAUCUAUUUGCUUCAUUAGACUUUUGGACUUUCUUGAAAAAAUAUCAAUACUGAUUUAGGGCAAUUGACAAAUGAUACCAGAUUAACAGCCUUUAAACAAAGUAAUGGUGAACAAGUUAAAUGCACCUAAAAAUAACUAAGGAAAAGCUGUAUGUACAAAUAAAUAUAUUUUGUACAAACUUGUUAGUUUUGCAUAAUUUUUUAAAGUUAAUUAUGUUUAUUUUAUAUAUAUGGUAAAGGGACCAAAUUUUGUGAAUUACAAAUGUAUAUAGAUCGUUUGAUAUUUAUGCAUUUUUUGCAAAUGUGCAAACAGAUGUGUGCUGUAGUUAUUUUGUUACUGUUUAUAAUUAAUGUGAGGUAUUUGUGGGAAAAACCAUUCACUAGUGCAGUAUAACCCUUUGUAUUUAGUAUGUUACAUCUGUAAUGUGUACCUGUUUACAGUUGAAUGCAUUAAAUUGGUAAAAUAUGACACCUUUUUUACCGUGUAAAAAUAGUCAUUUGAAUUUUUGACUAAAUGUUACAAUACAGUUAAACAUGUGAAAAAGCCAUUUAUUCCACUCUAAGGAUAAAAUGGAAUUAAAGCUUUAAUUCAUGCUUUCAUACGUUAUAUUUUAUAAAAGCAUAUUAAACACCAAAAAUAAGCAAUGCAAUUAGAUUCAUGUUAGUUUAAUUUUUAUAUAUCGCCCCCUACAUUUUAAGAAUGUGCACUAGCUUAAAAUGUUACCACUAUGUGUUUCGAUACCAGAAAAAUGAGAUUAAUCCAAAUAUAUGGGGCAUUUAAAUUGUGUCCUUCAAAGUCAUUUCUGGUUUAAUUCACAAUCUGAACAUGUUUUCUUUUGUGAAAACUCAAUUGUUCAUUCAAAUAAAAGCUUUGAAAUAAUAUUUAGGGUAUGACAUAAUGUUUAUGCAAACAUUGUUUCAGAAAUUCUGUAUUAAAAUAAUAUGAAUACAUA